AGUUUGGACGUCAACUUGCGCAGUUGGUAGGAUAGUUACGGUACCGGCUUUCAGCGCACUUUCUCUCGGUUAGAGUGAUGCAUUCAAGACACAAAUAAUUUUUGUUUUUUCUGUGCGACACAAAACAGAAAAUACAUUUUGACAUUUUGACAAAAUCGACUAAGAACACACAAAAGUAUUACAAUUCAGGACACAGUCAAUUGAACGUUGAUACCUAAAUUAUUGUGUGUUAUUGUUUUACAAUAAGUUUAAUUUCCCCUUUGAUUUAAAACAUUUUGCAUUUUACAAACAUUUGGAUGAAAAUCAUUUGAACCUUUGGAAAGUUAAUAAAAGUUGUUUUCUAACUUAAAUGUGAAGUUGACUCCCCUCUCUUCCAAAGUAAAACAAAAAACUUUUCUAAAACUCAGUGUGGGAGUUACGAGCCGCACCCAAAGGCACCAAGAGUGUGGGUCAAUCAGUAGAGUUGAGACAGCGAGCCAGAAGAGUUUGAAGAGUUACGGGGAGAGUGCACGUGAACUCCGUGAGCUGCGUCCUCCACCAAUGACCAGCUGAAAACGCCCCACAACUGCGACUUAGAUCUGCGGGGGUGGGGAACACUUACAAGUUUUGUACUGGACUUUUUUCCCCUCAGAACCAUGGGAUACGAGCUCGACCGCUUCAAGGGGACCGUGGACCCGGAUUUUAAGUGCAACUUGUGCAACAAAGUGCUGGAGGACCCGCUGACAACUCCGUGUGGCCACGUCUUUUGCUCAGGCUGCGUGCUGCCCUGGGUCGUCCAACAGAGCAGCUGCCCCGUCAAAUGUCAGCGUAUCUCCACCAAGGAGCUGAACCACGUACUGCCCCUGAAGAACCUUAUUCUAAAGUUGGACAUCAAAUGUGACAACCACGCACGGGGCUGCGACGCCGUGGUCAAGCUGCAGCAUCUGGCCGAACACGCCGAGAUGUGCGAGUACUCCCCGGCCAAGUGCCGAAACAGGGGAUGCAGCGAGGUUCUCAGUCUGCGGGACAUGGAUGCACAUGUGCGGGAGACGUGCGAGUACAGACCGGUGGGGAUUUGCGAGAGCGGCUGCGGGCUGAUGCUCAGCCACAAAGAGCUGAAGACCAACGGCCACUGCUGUGUCAGAGCCCUGAAGGCGCACAACAGCGCGCUGCACUACAAGAUGCUGAGCCUGGACAGAGAGCUGAAGAAACAGACCAUCAAAGCCAACAAGAGGGAGAAGUCGCUGCUGGCGCAACUUACAGCCGUGCACGGAGAGCUGCAGAUGACGGCGCAGAAAUAUCAGAAGAAAUUCACCGAGUACAGCGAGAGGAUCGACUCCCUCACCAAGACCGUGGCGUCCUCCUGCAAGGAAAGUGAGACUAGAAGAGAGACAGUUGUCCUACUUCGUGAGGGCGGAUCGCUGGGUUUUAACAUCAUGGGAGGAAGGCCGUCCGUGGAUAAUAAUGACAGCACUUCAAACGAAGGGAUCUACGUGUCCAAGAUCAUUGAGAAUGGUCCAGCAGACAAGGAGGAAAGCCUUCAGAUUCAUGACAGAAUAAUAGAGGUCAAUGGUAAAGACCUGUCCAAGGCUACUCAUGACCAGGCAGUGGAGGCUUUCCGCACAGCCAAGGAGCCUAUCAUGGUCCAGGUCCUGCGCAGGAGCCCACACCCCACAUUGGUCAGCGCGUCUGCUGACACCCAGGUGUCAGACAUCAGCACUCAGACCGACAUCACCCUCCAGCACAUCAUGGCUCUUACGAAGCUGCCUCCUGCCUCACCGGCCAUGACGGAGCUGGAGGAGUAUUUGCUUUCAGAUGAGCAUCCUCCAGAACACGGAUACUUUGACCCUAACGAUUUCCUGGAGAGCAUACAGCAGGACAUCGAACGUGAGGAGAUGGAAUAUGAGGAGGUGGAUUUGUACCGCGCCAACAUUCAGGACAAGCUCGGCCUGACCAUCUGUUACAGGACUGACGACGAGGAUGAAGCUGGAAUUUACAUCAGUGAGAUUGACCCAAACAGCAUUGCUGCAAAGGAUGGAAGGAUCAGAGAAGGAGAUAAAAUCAUCCAGAUCAACGGUAUUGAGAUCCAGAAUCGAGAGGAAGCCGUAGCACUACUGACCAGCGAGGGAAACCAGAAUAUCUCUCUGCUGGUGGCCAGACCUGAGCUGCAGCUGGAUGAGUGCUGGAUGGAUGACGACAGGAACCACUUCCUGGAUGACCUCCACAUGGACAUGUUGGAGCAGCAGCACCAUCAGGCCAUGCAGUUCACUGCCAGCAUGUUACAGCAGAAACACGAGGAGGACGGAGGCACCACUGACACAGCAACCUUGUUGUCCAACCACCACGAAAAGGACAGCGGCGUGGGACGCACCGAUGAGAGCACGAGAAAUGACGAGAGCUCGGAGCAGGAGAACAUCGGCGACGACCAGACCACGGCCUCCAACACACUGGGCAGCUGCAGGAAGCUGACCUACAGCCAGGACACGAUCGGCAGCAGCGACCUGCCCUUCAACAGUGAGUCCUUGAUGUCCGUGGACUACACCGACACCGACUUCUUGGGCAUCACGGCCGACGAGUGCGAGCGCUUCAGGGAACUCCUGGAGCUGAAGUGUCAGAUAAGGAGCAGCGGAGUUCAGGGGCUGUAUUUUCAGAAUGAGGCGGCCGGAGGUCAAGACCAAGAGGUGGUGGAUAAGGAGCUGGAGUUGCUUAAUGAGGAGCUUCGCACCAUCGAACUAGAGUGCCUGAAUAUUGUUCGCGCUCACAAGAUGCAGCAGCUAAGGGAGCAGUGUCGCGAGUCCUGGAUGCUCCAUAACAGCGGCUUCCGCAACUACAACACCAGCAUUGAUGCUCGCCGCCACGAGCUCUCCGACAUCACAGAGCUGCCGGAGAAAUCAGACAAGGACAGCUCCAGUGCCUACAACACUGGUGAGAGCUGCCGCAGCACCCCUCUGACACUGGAGCUGUCCCCAGACAACUCACUACGGCGAGGAACGGAGAACCAGGGUAAAGCAUCAGCGUCAGGCUGUGGCGGCUCCAGCAGCAGGCUCUUGAGGCCGCAGUUGUCUCCAGUUCAGGAAGCCUGUGGUCCCAGCAGGAGCAGAGUUUCUUCCAGGGAUCCAGAUGGUCUGCAGACAGAAAGCAAAGAAAAGAAGCUGGGAGAGUCCAGUAAGGCUGGACGGAGCUCUUUCCAUCCGCAUUCACCUUACAAACACGCUCACAUCCCAGCCCACGCCCAGCACUACCAGAGUUACAUGCAGCUGAUCCAGCAGAAGUCAGCAGUGGAGUACGCUCAGAGCCAGAUGAGUCUGGUCAGCAUGUGCCGCGACCCAAUCGCAUCUAGCGAAAUGGAGCCAAAGAUGGAGUGGAAGGUGAAGAUUCGCAGCGACGGCACAAGAUACAUCACCAAGCGCCCGGUCCGAGACAGGCUGUUGAGGGAACGCGCUCUUCGAAUUCACGAGGAGCGCAGUGGCAUGACCACGGACGACGAUGCCAUAAGUGAACUGAAGAUGGGCCGCUACUGGAGCAAAGAGGAGAGGAAGCAGCACGCCGUCCGGGCCAAGGAGCAGAAACAGCGCCGCGAGUUCAUGAAGCAGAGCCGAGCCGACUGCCUGAAAGACCAGAGCAGUGCUGAAGACAAAAAGGAGCCAAACAUUAUUGAACUCAGCCACAAAAAGAUGAUGAAAAAGAGGAAUAAGAAAAUAUUUGACAACUGGAUGACAAUCCAGGAACUGCUGACUCACGGGACCAAGUCACCAGACGGAACCAGGGUUUACAACUCGCUCCUGUCUGUGACAACGGUGUAAAUCCUGCUGAGGUCAGCAUUGAGAAGGACUGUUGGGGUAAAGGACUGUACAUAGAAGACUCCCAGAUGGGUAGAAAUUCCUGCCUCGUUCAAAGUGGCAACAUUUUGUAAAUAUGAAAUAAGAAAGCCUUAUCUGGACAGACAGCGUAGUGAAGACAGUUUUUUUGGUGACGGUUGGACGCUAACAUGAACUUAACGUAACCAUGGAAAUGAUUUGACAGCAUUUUUUCUGAAUCCCUUCAUGAUUCAUUUCUUACCAUUGAGCUUUAACUUUUGACGAUUGUGGAAACACAACAAGAGGCUUUAUUAAAAAGGUGUUAAAUAGAAACAACCAGCAGUUACACUUUUUCUCAUGAUUUGUGUUUGUACUUUAUAUCUCUUAUCAGUAUUUUUUUUUUUACCAUUACACAUACUGUAUGUCGUGCUUUUAUGGAAACAGUAGAAUUUUCCUGCAAGGUAGAAUACAUAGUCAUUUUCAAAAGGACUUUUGUAAAUUAAAAAAUAACAUUUUGUAUCAAUUUCAAUUUUUUUUUUUGUUUUAUUUCUCUCUAACGAUGCUGACUGCCAAAGUUUAUACCACCAGCAACAUACAGUAUAUACCGUCUGUUACAGAAUGAAGACCUCGAUAUGACAUCAUACUGUGUUAGUACGUAUAUUUACAUAUCGUCAUAUUGUGUUUGUACGUAUAUAUACACACAACUGUUUUUUUCUCAUGUCUGUUAGAGAUAACAAUACAAUGUAGCCACUUUUGCUUUCAUAGGUUUUCAUGUAUUCAAAACAAUCACAGCUUAAAUGUUAUCCACACCAUAUGUUUUGUAAAAUGAGAGAAAUAAUAAAUUAUUGUUUUAUAUAUGAUAA